UCUGGCCACAUCAACAUACACCAAACUUUGAUCACUAAAACCUGUGUAUGGCAAAUCGAUUGUUGGCACAUGAGGUCUCCGAUCUUUGUCUCGGCAAGCCACCCCUCAGCUCCAUCCCUAUAUCCGCCACCAUCCGCCACGCACUUGCUGCACUCAAAUCCUCCGACGACACCCACAUUAGUGUCUGGUCCUGUGACCUCGACCACCACUCCACAACCCAUGACCACUGCCACUGCGUCGGCAAAAUCUGCAUGGUCGACAUCAUUUGCUACCUCUGCAAAGAAGAUAAUAUCUCAUCCCCUUCCCUCGCGCUUAAAGCCCCCGUUUCUGUGUUGUUGUCGCCUAUUCCUGGCGUCGUUAAACACGUGGAUCCCUCGUAUAGUUUGCUUGAAGCCAUUGAUCUAAUCAUCAACGGAGCUCAAAACCUUGUAGUCCCAAUAAAGAACACAACCUCAAAACGGAAACAACUCCGGCAGCCAACAUCACUCGCUCCGACAACCCAUGCGGGCGGCCGCGAGUUUUGCUGGCUGACACAAGAAGAUGUGAUCAGGUUCCUCCUCAGCUCAAUCGGAUUAUUCUCCCCAACCGCCGCGUACUCAAUCGAGUCACUCGGAAUCAUUGAUACAAAAAUCCUCACAAUCAACUACCACUCGCCGGCUUCGAAAGCACUCGCCGCCAUUUCCACCUCUCUCUCCGACCAAACUUCCGUCGCAGUCAUUGACGACGACGGCGUGUUGAUCGGAGAAAUAUCCCCCUUUACACUCGCAUAUUGUGACGAAAUGGUUGCGGCCGCGAUCACGACGUUGUCCGCCGGUGAUCUAAUGGCGUACAUCGACUGCGGCGGGCCGCCCGAGGAUAUAACAAAAGUAGUACAUGCAAGGUUAAAAGAAAAGAAUCUGUACGGAAUGCUGGACGAAUUUUUAAUUUAUUCGUCUGGCAUUCCGUACUGUAAUAGUACUAGUUCUUCUUCUGACGAAGAAACUACUGUACUGUCUCCUGUGACCACUAGGUCUGGGAGGUACAACCGGUCAGAUAAAUUUAUAAUGAGGAGGGCGGAAGCUAUCGUGUGCCAACCGAGAAGCUCGUUGGUGGCGGUGAUGAUUCAGGCAAUUGCGCUUCGGGUGAGUUAUGUGUGGGUGAUUGAAGAAGAUUGUACGGUGGUCGGAAUUGUGAAGUUUUCCGGCAUGUUGAAAGUUUUUCAGGAGCAUUUGGAGAGUUUGAUUGACUAGGGGGUGAAGAGGAAGUAUAGAAAAAGAUGAAGGGUGAAUUUGGUAAAUAUGAGAUGUUUGGGUUGUUUACUAGUUUGAUUAAUAAAUAUAAUUGAAAAGAAAAAAUUAUUCCGCAAAUUUUGUUAUGUGUG